UUAGGACCUGGGGACUGGCCCCACCUUGUCUUGCUCCCGAGGCGUCCCGGGCGGUGUUGAUGAUACAUUGAAAAGGAACUUUUUACACCUCUCCCGUAGAUUCUUCGCCUCGAACCUUGCCUGACGUCUGUCUGUGCUGUCCUGCGGUGCACAGAGCUGUCCUGUCAAACAUGAAUUUCGCAAAGCAUUUCAUCGGAGGCAUCCUGAAUGUUGUCAGCAACAUCGAUCCCAAUAUCUUCAUCCCAUCAGACCCUCCUGCCCCCCGGCGACCUCUGGCCUUUGAGGAGGCGCACGAAAAUGAUGAAGAGAAACAGUUUCGCCAAGUUUUCAAGCAGCUGGCCGGAGAGGACAUGGAGGUGAGCCCCAAAGAGCUGAUGAACAUCCUUAACAAGAUUCUCACAAAACACGGAGACCUGAAGACAGACGGUUUCAGCAUCGAGUCAUGUAGGAGCAUGGUGGCCGUCAUGGACAGCGACAGCACGGGCAAGCUGGGCUUCCAUGAAUUCAAAUAUCUGUGGGGUAACAUCAAGAAAUGGAAGAAAACCUACAUAUCUCAUGACGCUGAUGGCUCCGGCGUCAUCGGUGCCAGAGAACUCUCACAUGCCUUCAAGGAUGCAGGUUUCCCUCUGAACGACCAGUUGUAUAAGAUGAUCAUCCGUCGCUAUAGCGAUGAGCACGGCGACAUGGACUUUGACAACUUCAUCGGCUGCCUGGUGCGACUGGACGCCAUGUGCAGAGCUUUUAAGACUCUGGACAAAAGCAACAGUGGCUCCAUCAGUCUGGACGUUAAGGAGUGGCUGCAGUUGACCAUGUACUCUUGAAGACCCUCCCCCACCUCCAUGUGCAUGUGCGAUACGGACGACCAGGCGGUCGUCAUAGUAACGUGACCAAAGAAGAAGCUGCUCUUUUCACUUCCUGCUGCUGCCAGGCGAUGGCGCCACAGCACCUUCCUGAUAGAAGUUUAGUUGAUAACUUUGUAUCCAACAAUAAAACUAAUAAUGACCA